AUGGCCGCUACAAUCCCAGUAGUCAAGACCGAUGUCGAAGCCAGUGGUGUCAACAUUUUGGCCACCAAGAAGGGUCAACUCUAUGUCAAGUUGAAUCGUGCAAACAAACUCACCAAUAAGGACCGGGUAAGCAGAAAUGACCCUUUUAUCGAGAUGUGGCUCGAGAAACCAUACAAGCAGCGCUCCAAGGACACCAAAGGCCAAGAUCCGGUUUUCGAUGAGACCUUCUGUUUUUAUGUCCGCCCUGGCCAGAACAAGUUGUAUGUCCGUGCUGUUGAUAAGGACACAUUCAGUAAUGAUAAGAUUGGGCAGACUACCAUUUCUCUGGAUCAAGUAAUGGCGAGUGGCGAGAGCCCUGCUCAAGAUUACAAACUCCCCAAGUGGUUCGGAAUCUCUGACAACGGCUCUGUCAAUAUCCAGCUGAAGUUUGUUGAAGACAAGUCUGCGUAA